AUGGCUCGUCGGGCAGCACCAGCAAACGCACCACCUGCAUUCUUCACAGCACCUCCACGCCGUCAACUCGUUGAUCCAAACGAGUCUGCCUUCUCCCGCUUCAUCCGAGAGCAAAUCACUGCUCCAGAAAAAUUACCCGGAAACGUCAGCAUCGUGACAGGAAUGAGUGUGUUCGCAGCUGGCAUUUUUAUCGCUAGGACGUGGGGAGACAUGUUGGUACCUGCAUGA